AAACUCCCUGCAGGCACUCGCAGGGAACUCGCCAAAUUUUGGCGUCAAUCACGUUAUGAAAACUCUCUCCGUAAACGUAAUGAAAUAUUCUUAUUUAGUAGCUAUUUAAAAAAUUGGACAUUUUUUCAUCAUAUUUUGUGUGAAAAUAAUCUCUUACAUAAAAUCUUAAUAUGGCGGUGUUUAUAGCAAAUUGUUCUGUGAUAUAAAUCUAAUUUUGUUCUAAUUAUAAAUAACACAUUAUUUAUGCAGUAUGUGCGAUAAAACAUUCUCACAGAUCGAUAACUUAAAGGAACAUUCGUCUAUUCAUACUGGAACUAGACCUUAUUCAUGCGAUGUAUGUGGUAAAACAUUCGCAGAAAAAGGAACUUUAAAUCGACACUACUCUAUUCAUACUAGAGAGCAAUCUUUUUCCUGCAAUGUGUGUGAUAAAUCUUUCCCUCAUAUAAGAUAUUUAAAGCAACAUUCUCUCACUCAUUCUGCAAAAAGACCUUUUAUAUGCAGUAUUUGUAAUAAGACAUUCUCACAGAUAGGUCACUUUAAGAAUCACUUACCUAUUCAUUCAGGAGACAAACCAUAUUCAUGCAGUGUGUGUGAUAAAUCCUUCACAUAUAAGACAAACUUAAAUCAACACUAUCUUGUUCAUACUGGAGAAAAACCUUACUCAUGCAGUGUGUGUGAUAAAACAUUCAGACAGAAGAAUCACUUAAAUAAACACUAUCUUAUUCAUACUGGAGAGAAACCUUACCCGUGCAGCGAGUGUGAUAAAUCAUUUAGUCGUAGACGUCACUUAAUUGAUCACUUUCUUAUUCAUACUGGCGAGAAACCUUAUUCAUGCAGGGUGUGUGGUAAAGCAUUCACUCGGAAAGCUACUUUAAUUGGACACUCUCUUAUUCAUACUGGAGAGAAACCUUAUUCAUGCAAUCUGUGUGAUAAGAAAUUCAUACGGAAAGGUACCUUAAUUGAACACUCUCUUAUUCAUACUAGAAAGAAAUCUUUUUCAUGCAACAUGUGUGAUAAAUCUUUCACGAUUGAAACUGAACUAAAUCAACACUAUCUUAUUCACGCUGAAGAAAAACCUUAAGUAUUUGUGAUCUUAUGUUCACAUUUAAAAAAAAACUAACACAAUCUGUGUGUAAAACAUUCACACAAAAGUGUCACUUAAUUGUAUAAUCUCUUGUUCAUACUAGAGAGAGACCUAAUUCUUGCAGUGUGUGUGAUAAAACAUUACGGAAAGUAUCUUUGUUAAACGUUCUCUUGUUUUAUAGUGGCGAGAAAUCUUUUUCAUGCUGUGUGUAUCAUAAAACAUUCACAACAAAGGUGUUUUAACACUCAUUUCCACUGCGGUAAUGGCGCUCUUUUGCCUCACCCUUUGCAGGAUUGGUUUUUUUUCCUGUAUAAAUCAUGGGAAAAAAUGGAAAAAACCUUGUAAAUACUAUUAACCCAUGUUUAUUUAUUUACAGAUAUAAUGAUUUAUUGUAUUUAUAACUGAUUGGAAUAUAUAUUUCCAUAUUCUAGCAAA